AUGGAUUCACGUGUUACAAAAUUUUUACAAGUGGCUUCGGUUCAUGCGCUUAAGGAAAAAUUGGCUGCUAUGGGAUUCCCUUCAAAUGGACUUAAAGCUGCGCUGAGAGUUCGCCUUGAAGAGGCAGCUAGACAAUUGGAUGAUGAACGAAUGGAUGAGUUUUUUCCUGCAAGCAAUGAUGACAGUAGCAAUGAAGAAGACACCGACGAAAAUGUUCCUGAAAAUGAUGUGGAGCAGCAACAAUUGGAGAAUUUGCGGAGGAUAGUUGCUAGAAAAGAAGAGAUUCUAGCAUUGCAAAAACGACUGGCAGAGUUAAAUAGCCCAUGUGAGUCACAAGCUAAUUCUUGCUCAUUUAGGGACAUAGAAGAUUCCUUGCAAACAUUCUCUGGUGAUGACAGUCUGCCUAUUUCCAAAUGGAUUCAAAGCUUUGAGCAUUCAAAAGAAAUUUAUAAUUUUGAUGAGUCAAAGUGCUUUAUAUUUGCACAACGAAUGUUGAAAGGAACUGCAAAGCUUUUUCUCAGAUCGACAUCAUGCCGUUCCUGGUCUGAAUUAAAAUCAGCGUUAAUGAACGAGUUCAGUCAUCAUGCAUCAGCCUCCGAUGUGCACAAUACCUUGAGGAACCGAAGGAAGCGUAAAGAGGAAAAUAUACAACAAUACGUUCUUACGAUGUUAGAAAUUGCGAGUUCAUCUGACAUUGAGGAGAAUGAUGUCAUAUCAUACAUCAUAAGAGGUAUACCCGAUUCAUCUUUUAAUAAGCAAAUUCUUUUCACAGCUAAUACCAUACCGGAGCUGAAGACUGUUUUGAGAAGGUACGAAAGAAUGAAGCUGGAAUGUUCAUCAGGUUCCACAUCAGCAUUUCACCAUACGGUACAAAAAUCUAAAACUUCCGUACAGCCAAGUAACAAAUUUGGCCUAAAGUGCUUUAACUGUAACGAAGCUGGUCACGUAUCAUCAAAGUGCCCAAAACCUCCACGUGAAAGAGGCUCUUGUUUCGGCUGUGGAGAGCGGGGGCAUAUUGUCAAGAAUUGCCCAAAGUCAUCUACAGUGUGCCUUGUUGAAGAUGCUGAUAAUUAUGAUGAUGCAUCCAUUUUUCGAAACUUUCAUGGUGUUUUGGACUAUCAUCUUCAAAGCAGCGAGUAUGGAGCCGUAAAUACUAAAUUGAGUGCUUUAACCAUGAUCGAUACUGGAAGUCCUAUUAGUUUUGUACAACAAAAAUUCAUUCCAACCUAUCUGACGUCAUCUGUUGAAACGCAACCUGAAGACUUUGUGGGUAUUAACAACAGCAAAUUAAUCAUCCUUGUUGCCAGAAGUAUUUCAGAUGGUUAUUAUGUUAACAACGGUUCAAUUAAUGAUAUUGAAAUGAAGAUAGUUCUAAAAGAUGCGAACAGUGUUUUUAGUUGCUCACCGAGAAGGUUACCAUUUGCUCACAAAAUUGAGCUGAAUAAAAUUUUAGAUGAUCUUUUGAGUAGGAACGUUAUUCGUGAAAGUAAUUCACCAUUUGCUUCACCUAUAGUUUUAGCCAAAAAGAAAACCGGGGAACUGCGACUUUGUGUUGAUUAUCGAGAGUUAAAUAAAAUUACAAUUAAAGAUAAUUUUCCGCUGCCUAUUAUUGAAGACAUUCUUGACGGGCUGCGUAAUAAACGAUACUUUACGUUAUUGGAUUUAAAAAACGGUUUCCAACAUGUUAAAAUGGCUGAUGAUUCAACUAAACUUACUUCUUUUGUGACACCAUCCGGACAGAUACCAAAUUUCUCUAAAUGGGAUACGUCCGAAUUCAGAUGGUGUGAAAGCAGUUCAACAUUUCCCUAUUCCUAA